AUGACCAGCGCAUCAGCUGGCCCAGGCAAAUGCGACAGCACGCCGGCGCCGGAAGUCGGCCCAGUCGUCCCAGACUACACGUACAACCUCGAACAAACCCUCUCGCGCACCCUGUCCAGAACGCUCUCCCCCAACAACAACACGAAGGAGCCCAAGCCCGACCUCGAGCCCAUCGCCGUCGCCCCGCCAGCCGCCGACAAGGGGCCUUGGGGGUGGCGAUGGCGCUCGGCCGACUGGUUCAUCACUGCUGUCGUGGCGUGGAGCAUUGCGAGCGACAACAUCAGCUAUGCAAUCAUCGUCCCCGUCAUCCCGUUCCACCUCGAGAAACUAGGGUACGACAACCUGUCCUCGCGCACCGGCUACCUUCUCUUCGCGUAUUCUGGCGGCAUCCUCAUUGCGACCUUCCCGGUGGCCUACUUCUUCCACCGCUACAGGUGGCGCCGGGGCCCGCUCAUCAUCGCCGUGUUUGUGAUGGAGGCGAGCUUCAUAAUGUUCAUGCUGGGCAACCACUACGUCGCGAUGAUCAUGGGGAGGAUUCUGCAGGGCGCGUGUUCCUGUGUAGUUUGGACGGUCGGCAUGGCGCUGAUCACGGAAAACAUCGACGAGAAGAACCUCGGCAAGCACAUCGGUAUCGCCCUCACGGGCUUCACGCUCGGCACGACCAUCGGCCCGCCCGUCGGAGGCGCACUGUACAAGCGCCUCGGGUGGAACUCGCCGUUCAUCUUCUGCAUCGUCAUCAACGCGGUCGAUCUGCUCGUGCGACUGCUGGUGCUGGAGAAGCGGCUCAUGCACAACUGGCACCCGACGGAGAAGGCACGGCUGGAGGUUCUCGCGUGCGCCGAGGCGACCGCCGCCCAGACGGCCGACGGCGCAGUGGCCACUGCCCCCGGCGACAGUUCCAUCGCGGCCUCCACGACCGAGACCGCCGUCGUCCCGACCACGAACCCCGCCACGCCCGCCGAGCCAAAGGAAGAGAAACAGCUCUCGCCCUUCGGCGUCAUCGUCGCCCUCCUCUCCAUCCCGCGCGGCAUGGCGGCCCUGACGAUCGCCUUCAUCUUUGGCCUGAUGUACGGCGCAAUGGACGCGAGUCUGGCGCUGCACGUCAACGAUACGUGGGGCAAGGACUCUGAGACGGUCGGCUUCAUGUUCCUCGCGCGCGGCGCGCCCGAGUUCUUCAUCGGCCCCGUGGCGGGGUGGGUGGCGGACAAGUUUGGGCCAGAGUGGCUCAUCCUGCCUGCUAUUCUCAUCAACCUGCCGUGGCUCCCGCUGCUCACGUUGCGCAAGAGCAUCGUGGGCUUCUUCAUCGUGUUUGCGUGUACCGGCUUCACCGAAAACGCAAUCAACAUCGGCGCGUCGAUCGAGCUGGCGUAUGUGUCGAAAAUGCGCGAGGGCAUAGGCAGCAUCCACCAGUUCGCGGCCCUCAACCUCGCCUUCAGCGUCUCCCUCGCCGUGGGCUCAGUCAUCGGCGGGCAGAUUUAUGAUCAUGUCGUCCCGAAGGGCUGGGACGUGAUUUGCUGGAUGAGCUUUGGCGGGAGUCUGUUGCUUGUCGUCCCGCCGCUCUUCUGGGCCGGCGACCGGCCGCUCGGGCGCCGGUGGCGAAGGAAGCACGCCGAGGUCGACGAGGCUGCCGAGGCUGGCGCAGCGCCGGCACCGACGGUCGCCGAGAAGUAG